ACCAAUAACGUUCAGACACGACGUAAUUCUGUGUAGAUAUUUCGACGGGUCUGAUCGUAUAAUCUGCGAGUUGUAAGUUAGACUGGUACGAGAGAGCACGUAGUGAUUUGGGUGUGAGUUAAGUGUAAGAAGUGUGACGUUACAUCGGGAACUAAUACAAAAUAUUUUUGUUCUUCAACAAUUCACGUGAAACCGUCGUCAUGCGAUUAGGAAUUUUAUUGGGAGUGAUUUGCCUGCUCGGGUCAGGUAUCUGUGCAAAGGAUGAAAAGAAUAAGGAUGUUGGAACUGUAAUAGGAAUUGACUUGGGAACGACAUACUCUUGUGUUGGUGUCUAUAAGAAUGGUCGUGUGGAAAUUAUUGCAAAUGAUCAGGGAAAUAGAAUUACUCCUUCAUAUGUGGCAUUCACACCUGAAGGUGAGAGGUUGAUUGGAGAUGCUGCCAAAAACCAACUUACAGCAAAUCCAGAAAACACUGUGUUUGAUGCCAAACGUCUUAUUGGCAGAGACUGGUCAGAUGUCACAGUUCAGCAUGACAUUAAAUUCUUCCCUUUUAAGGUGAAAGAAAAGAACAGCAAACCUCACAUUGAAGUUUCCACAUCUCAAGGAGAAAAAAUGUUUGCCCCAGAAGAAAUCUCUGCCAUGGUUCUUGGUAAAAUGAAAGAAACAGCAGAAGCCUAUUUGGGAAAGAAGGUAACUCAUGCUGUGGUGACAGUACCUGCUUAUUUCAAUGAUGCUCAGCGACAAGCAACUAAGGAUGCUGGUACAAUCUCUGGACUUGUAGUUAUGAGAAUCAUUAAUGAACCAACGGCUGCAGCCAUUGCUUAUGGUUUGGACAAGAGGGAAGGCGAAAAGAAUGUUCUGGUGUUUGAUUUGGGUGGUGGCACAUUUGAUGUCUCUCUUCUUACCAUAGAUAAUGGAGUAUUUGAGGUGGUGUCUACAAAUGGAGAUACACAUCUUGGUGGUGAGGACUUUGAUCAGCGUGUGAUGGAUCACUUCAUAAAGUUGUACAAGAAAAAGAAGGGCAAAGACAUUCGUAAGGACAACCGUGCUGUUCAGAAGUUGCGUCGUGAAGUAGAGAAAGCAAAGAGAGCGCUCUCUGCCAGCCAUCAGGUCCGAAUUGAAAUCGAAAGCUUCUUUGAGGGAGAUGACUUCUCAGAAACUUUGACCAGGGCCAAAUUUGAGGAAUUGAACAUGGACUUGUUCCGUUCAACGAUGAAGCCAGUCCAGAAAGUGUUGGAUGAUGCUGACAUGAAUAAGAAAGAUGUUGAUGAAAUUGUACUCGUUGGUGGCAGCACACGUAUCCCUAAAGUGCAGCAACUUGUCAAGGAAUUCUUUGGUGGAAAGGAACCAUCCAGAGGAAUAAACCCUGAUGAAGCUGUUGCUUAUGGAGCAGCUGUUCAGGCUGGUGUACUGUCUGGGGAGCAGGAUACCGAUGCCAUCGUCUUGUUGGAUGUCAAUCCUUUGACUAUGGGUAUUGAGACUGUUGGUGGUGUCAUGACAAAGUUGAUUCCACGAAACACUGUUAUUCCAACAAAGAAAUCCCAGAUCUUUUCAACAGCUUCUGAUAAUCAACACACUGUUACAAUUCAGGUUUAUGAAGGUGAGCGACCCAUGACAAAGGAUAAUCAUUUGCUUGGAAAGUUUGACUUGACAGGAAUUCCUCCUGCACCCCGAGGUGUGCCUCAGAUUGAAGUUACCUUUGAAAUCGAUGCCAAUGGUAUCCUACAGGUUUCUGCUGAGGAUAAAGGUACAGGUAACAGGGAGAAAAUUGUUAUCACCAAUGACCAGAAUCGUCUUACUCCCGAUGAUAUUGAACGGAUGAUCAAGGAUGCCGAGAAGUUUGCUGAUGAUGAUAAGAAGCUAAAAGAGCGUGUUGAAGCCCGUAAUGAACUUGAGUCAUAUGCUUAUUCCCUUAAGAACCAGUUGGCAGACAAGGAGAAACUUGGUGCAAAGGUGAGUGAUUCUGACAAGACAAAGAUGGAAGAGGCCAUUGAUGAAAAGAUAAAGUGGCUGGAAGAGAACCAGGAUGUGGACACAGAAGAUUACAAAACACAGAAGAAAGAACUAGAGGACGUUGUUCAACCAAUUAUUGCCAAACUGUACCAGGGUGCAGGAGGGGCACCUCCACCAAGUAGUGCAGAUGAUGAUGAGCUAAAGGAUGAACUUUGAGAGUUAUAAAACUAAACUGAACAGAAAAACAAAUAGUGAUGUACAGUGAACCUUUUUAAGAGGCUGUGCAAAGUGGACAUGUCUCAACCCUUUGCUGGGUAUAGAGGAGAACCCUGCCUAUGGAUAGGGCUUUAAUAUUCCACUGAAAAUUAAUAGUGAUACAAAAGGAACUUGGCAGCGCCUGUUGGUAUAAAAUAAGUCUGACCAAAUUAGAUAAGUCAUUUGGAAACAGUGAAGUUUGUAUGGUCUUUAUUUCGAGGUAAAAUUUAACUGGUACUGCUUGCAUUUAAAGAAAUCUUUUCUUAAAAGUAUUUUUACAUUACUUGCAUAUCUGUAGUAGGUUUUGAACAGCUGUUGCUGCUAGGUCAACUGUCAGAUUUGAAAUUGUGUAACUAGCAUGUUUGUGCUGUGUGAACUUUGUAUUGAGUUAGUUUGCAUGUCUCGUCCUUUCAAACCAUUGUUACUGAAUAGUUUCUUCAUGAGUUCACAAAUAUUUUGAGAAUGUAAGGGAUUCCCCUACAGUUACACUGUACACAUGUAGAAUCUCGUUACACUGAAGUGACACUUAUUUACCAGCAAUUUUCAAACAGUAUACUUACUCCAGUCUGCAAGUGUAGCCCCCCUUAUUUCUUUGCAGACUCAUUUUUUGGAAUGAUGUGUACAGAAAAACACUGCCAUACAAUACAAAAUGUCCAAUUAAUUUUUGUAAUUAUGCCUGAAGUCUUCAGUGCUGUGUUCGUUUAACCAAGCAUGAACACUGUUGUAUUUUAUUGCUGUCCGCAUCCCUUACAGUAUGCUCAUGUGUAGACUGCGAAAUUCAUAUACAUACCACAGCAAAAACAUACUAUAGGAGAUAAUGAAAACAGUACUGCCCAGCAUGGAUAAUGAAGUAAAGAAUACGUGUUGGUUGGGGAGAGAAACAAUUUCUUAUUGACCUGCCAAAAUAAUAAAUACCUACAGUAUAAAUUAUGCAUAUGUGUGAUUUGCUGGAGGUGAUAAAAUUUUAUGGUGACUUUGAUAUUCUACCAGUAGCAAUUUGUAGGAAGAUUUUUGGAUCAAGUACAGAUCAGAUUUCAAAAUACACUGUCCUCUUCAAGAGUGAUGUAUUUGUUAAGGUCUUGCUGAGAGGUUAUAGGAAACUGGCAGCAAACUGUGAAUUUUCAAUUACUAUUCAUAAAGGACAGGAAGAGUGUUUCACUAUUAUAUUGUACUUAAAAGAAUUUUCCUGAAGUAAUUUUGUGUAUUGUUUACUACCUUCAGGACUUUUAUAGUGCAUUAUAAUCUAACAAAAGAUUGACAUUAAUGGAAUGUGUUAGUAAUUUACUAACACCAUGGUAGUAAACCUGAAAUGUCAGUUUUUGAAGUUGAAUUGGGUUUUGGAAGUAAACUUUGCAGGGUUAUUGUAUCCAAGGGUGACUUGUGUCCAUGAUAUUUGCUGACUGAAUGUAAAAUGCAUAUAAUAUCCACAGAUGGUUUAAAAUUGUAUUAUAGUGUAUUUUGUGUUAUACGUCCAGGCUGUUUCUGAAUUUCUUUUGGUUGUUUGCUGUUUAUUUAUUCUCUUUCUGUGACCUGUUGCAUUAACAUGUUAUAUUGGGUAGUCUUAUGUACUUUUGCCUGAUAAAACCAUGUUUGCCACAAGAAUGACUGAGUAGGUGUACAAAAUAUGUGUGGAUAUGUUAUUGAAUUAAAUGUUCAUUUUCCAGAA